CAAACCCGGAGCGCGCAGGCGCAGCGGCCGGGGAAGUCCAGCCACCCGUCCGGGAGGCUGCGGUGGCGCGGGAGCCGCUGCAGCAGCUGCCGGCGCUCGCCAUGGGCCCGGGUCCCCAGCUGCUGCUACCUCUCGCGCUUUGCGUGGGGCUCGGCGCGCUCGUGACUUCUGCGGGGGGCUCGGGCGUCAGCAGGCGAGGGCCCACCGUGACGGCCAAGGUCUUCUUCGAUGUGAGGAUUGGAGACAAAGAUGUCGGCAGAAUCGUGAUUGGCCUCUUCGGCAAGGUUGUGCCCAAGACUGUGGAAAAUUUUGUCGCGCUCGCAACAGGGGAGAAAGGAUACGGCUAUAAAGGAAGCAAAUUUCAUCGCGUCAUCAAAGAUUUCAUGAUCCAAGGAGGAGAUUUCACGAGUGGGGACGGCACCGGUGGUAUAAGCAUUUAUGGUGAGACAUUUCCAGAUGAGAACUUCAAGCUGAAGCAUUAUGGCAUUGGGUGGGUAAGCAUGGCCAAUGCUGGACCUGAUACCAACGGCUCUCAGUUCUUCAUCACCUUGACCAAGCCCACCUGGCUGGAUGGCAAACAUGUGGUAUUUGGAAAAGUCCUUGAUGGAAUGACCGUGGUCCACUCCAUAGAACUUCAGGCAACUGAUGGGCACGAUCGUCCGCUCACCGACUGCUCCAUCGUCAACAGUGGCAAGAUAGACGUGAAGACCCCCUUUGUGGUUGAGAUCUCUGACUGGUGAUACAACGGGUGGAAAACAAGAAACACUGUGGCAGGGAUGUGUGUGUGUGCGCAUGCACAUGUGUGUCUUUUGAGUUUCCAAAGUUACUGUUUUGCUCUGUUUUCUUACCUCUGUGUUUCACUCCCAAUCACAGAAAAGUUCAAAACAUCAACCACUCAGAGAUUAGUUUGCAUGAAUUUUGGUAAAUCACUUGUGUUUAGGGACUUGGCACUUCAAAGACCUCGCCCCUUCCUCCAACGGUGCUCUUUUUAAACUAGAAAACUUUGUAUUGUCUGUUUUUGUUUGGAGAACACAGUCAUUAUCUUGCUGAAUUAAUUGUAAUCCCCAAAGUUGGGGACUCGAAUUAUAUCGAGGAUGCUGAAGAUUCAUCUGAAGAAGGUGGGGACAGUGAUGUUUGUUAUUUUGUAUUCAAACAAAUUCUUUGCAGGUAAAGGGAGAUUUGAUGAGUGUAAUCUGUAAUCUGAGAUAAGUCAUAGGGACUUUUACCUGAUAAAAGGUGCUUUUGUGUCCUAUUAAAUGCUUUUUAUAUAGGUCAACUCUCUUUUUGCAAGUCUUUUUUUUUUUAAGUUAAAGUUCUUUAAAAAAUUGAUGACAAAAAUAUAUGUAUUGUAAUGCUAGCAAUGAACUGAUUAGAGAGGGUUCUAUAAAUCAGAAUGCUAACAUAACUGGAUAAUUUGGGAUAGGAAGGCACAGAAAUGAUGUCUAACCAUAUCCCAAAUACCUGAGCAGAUUAAUUUGCUAAUUUUUACUCACUGUAACAUUUAUACAAAGUUCCCUUGAAUCGAGUUGCAACAAAAGGGCAUUUUUUUUUUUUUUUAACACAAGGAGCAUGAAGAUUUGGACUGUACUUAAACUAGAUGGGAAAGUAGAACCCCACUGUCUUGCUGUAACAUACCUGGCUGGAACAGAGUGCCUGAUCUCUGUUCAGUGGGAGUGAUAUCUUUGAAAACAGCCCCGUUGCUUCUCCUCUAGGACCUGUGGAGUGAGUGAGGACCCCCAGAAUUCCAUCUCGUCAAUAAAAAAAGAAGAAA